AUGAAGAACCAAUCAAUGGACAUGGAGUUCAUUCUGCUUGGACUGACAGAUGACCCUCUGCUACAAAUUGUGAUUUUCCUUUUUCUGUUUUUUAAUUAUAUCUUGAGUCUGAUGGGGAACUCAAUCAUCAUCCUUCUCACUCUGCUCUAUCCCAAUCUCAAGACACCAAUGUAUUUCUUCCUUCGGAAUUUCUCCUUCUUAGAAAUUUCAUUCACAACAGCCUGCAUCCCACGAUUCUUGAUAAGUAUUAUGACUGGAAACAAAACAAUUUCCUAUAAUGGUUGUGCAACUCAGUUAUUCUUUUUUUUUUUAUUAGGAGUCACAGAAUUUUACCUUCUGGCUGCCAUGUCCUAUGACCGCUAUGUCGCUAUCUGCAAGCCCCUGCAUUAUCCAAUCAUUAUGAGUCCCAAAGCAUGCUACCAGCUUGUCCUCAGCUCUUGGGUAACUGGAUUCCUAGUCAUCUUUCCCCCUUUGGUCUUGGGACUCAAGCUGGAUUUCUGUUCUUCCAGGACUAUUGAUCACUUUUUAUGUGACUCUUCUCCCAUUCUGCAGAUCUCUUGCACAGAUACACAUAUCAUAGAAUUGAUGACAUUUAUCUUGGCUGUGCUGACACUUGUCAUCACAUUGUUGUUAAUAGUACUCUCCUAUACAUGCAUCAUCAAGACCAUUCUAAAAUUCCCAUCUGCUCAACAACGAACAAAGGCCUUUUCCACUUGUUCCUCACACAUGGUGGUUGUCUCUAUUACUUAUGGGAGUUGUAUCUGUAUGUAUAUGAAGCCAUCAGCAAAGGAAAGGGUGACCUUAACUAAAGGAGUAGCUGUGCUCAAUACCUCUGUUGCCCCUUUACUCAACCCCUUCAUUUACACCCUAAGGAACCAGCAGGUGAAAAAAGCUCUCAAAGUUAUGCUUCAGAGAUUUUGUUAUUGUCAAGACAAAGACACAACAUUUGGAUAUAAAUAA